AUGCGCGUGUUCGUCUUCCUCUUCCACCCAUUCACGAUUAUUGCUUGUUCUUCUUCCGGUCCUCCGUUGGUGGUUGUUCCUAUUCCGGUGUUCUUCCGCCGUUCACUUCUUCCGUUGGUGGUUGUUCCUGUGUUCUUCCAGUCAUUGGGUGAUCUUCUUCUUCCAGGCCGAGCAAUAGGAAAAGUGUUGGGGAGGAGAGACGACAAUGACGAUGAUGCCCCCCAACGGCGAUGGCCUACUACAUCGGCCCGUAGACAGCGACAACAACAGGUUGUUGUUGAGGACCCUCCUACACCCGAGGAGAAAUUAGUCGACAACCAGCCAGAAGCACCUGUUCAAGAAGGUGUUAUUGAUGUUGAGGGUUUUCCAGGCGGAUCCCAUGACACAUCAGUUCUCAAAGAUUAUGAAAAUCACAUUGCUUUGAGAGUGUGGAAUGGAGAGGAACGUCCUGAGUUGAAGCUAUCUUCCCAUGGAAGGAAGAUGACUAAGUUUGGGAGGCCUGCCCCAGAGAUUGAAGGCCUUGUGGCGGCUAGUGGACUGAGUCCUUUGAUCACUUGUUCCCUAGAUACGGGCAAUCGGGGACUAAUGUCUGCUUUUAUGGAACGCUGGCAUAAGGAAACUAGCAGUUUCUAUUUGCCCAUCGGAGAGGUGACUAUCACCUUGGAUGAUGUUGCAUCGUUGCUACAUUUUCCCGUUGCAGGGGUGUUCCACAGCUUCAAGCUACUCAAAGUCGAUGACGCUGUCGAGAUGUUGGUGGAAUUGCUCAAGGUCAGCGCUACAGAGGCGAGAGCUGAGAUGAUUCAGUGUCAUGGCUCUUAUGUUCGACUAUCGUGGCUGCGCGACGUGUAUAAGCUGAAGAUCGAGGCAUGUGACUGGAUUGUAGCAGCGCGAGUGUAUUUAUUGCAUCUGUUUGGAUGCACAAUCUUUGCUAACAAGAGUGCCACACACGUGCACGUGGUAUUCUUGGAUGCAUUGCAUGAUUUGACGCAGAGUAGAGGUUAUGCAUGGGGCCCUGCUGCACUUUGUUGGAUCUACAAGCAUUUUCCAUCUAUUGCUUCCAUUGUUCCUACUGAGGAUUAUGAUGAGAGAAGAUCAUGUGCAUGUCGAUGGACCUCUGGCAAGGCACUGCCCGUUUCCACGUAUCGGAGGUGUCUGGAAAGACUGACCCUUGACGCGGGCCCCUUGACGGUCAUUCACCGAUCGGAGACGGUUAUACGACAGUUCAGCUACAUCCAGGCUAUUCCGCCACACCUUGCUGCGUCUUUGCUGUCUGUUGCAGAAAUUGAUGAUAGAUGGAAGCAGUUUAGUGAGUAUAUUGCACUUGUAGGGCAAUUAUGUGCAGUGCCUGGCCACUGUUUGCCAGAUUACAUGGAUUGGUUUUACAUGAUAUCACACCCAUUCAUGAGUUUGGCAUAG